UGGUGGACGGAAAUGUAAACAUUCUACAUUUCCUAGCCGAUGUUUCUAAUUCUUUAUCUGUGCUAGUGAUUCUUAUUUGUUUCUUGUGCAUGGCAAUCUUUAUCAUAAGGAUGAAUGGUUUUGAUCGUUUUCACAAUACCUCUCCGAUUCAUCACAUGACAGAAGCUCAGCCAAUUCAAGUGAUGGGCAUCCAUAAUCCGUUCGUACUCUCUCUCCAGGAUCCUGAAAAUACAACGUGGACAAGCGGUGUAAAGUUGAAGUUAUCCUGCAUGGAGAAAUGUCAUAUUCAAGCGUACUGGGGCGUGCUUGUACAUCCAUUCUACCAUCAGCUCUAUUCCCAAUGGCAAACCUUUGAAGCGAGAGUAGAAUCACAUGAGUUGUUUGCGAACUCCUCUAAAUGCUCCAGUGAGAGAGUAUGGUUAGAUGAAGGGCAGGAGCAGUGCCUGACGUUUAAACCACCGAGUCACGCUACUGCUGAGUGGGAGACUGAGACAUCUCGGCCACGGAGUCGAUAUCCCCUGGUGGUCGUCGUCGUCACGGUAUCUGAGACUGCCGCCGAGGAACUCCAGCAUCAGCCUCAUAAGAUUAUGGCGUAUGUGGCUGUCAUUCAUGUAAAAGAUUCAACGUAUCCUGAACAGAGUUGUGUCUUCUCACAGUUUGUUAAGACGGCCAGCGGACAAGUGUGUACCUUGCAGCAAAUGUACAUGUCGAACGAACCGUCGUCCACGGCAACGGACUACGAUGACGUCGGCGGCGGGACGUGUGUUGUCUGCCAGCAGGCGGCCGUCACUCACACGCUGUUGCCAUGCCGACACGCCUGCGCCUGCCACUCCUGCUUCCGCCACCUGGACAAAUGUCCGAUGUGUCGUGGCAACAUCGAGUCGUACUUUGUGAUAGAGGGCGUGAGCGAGGCGCGCGAGACGGAGGACGAGGAGACAUCCUCGACCUUGAUCCACCGACCUUCGCUGAUGACUCGCUUCCACCAGCUGAACGACAGACUCACAGAGCGACUAGGGUUUACGUGAUGUGAGUGUGGUGGGUGGGGGGGGUCGUGGAGCAAUGUCGUAUCAUAUAUUCUGAGCGUGAGAUGAUAUAAUACUCUGAAAGGCACUCUGCAAUUAAAUUGUCAAACAUAAGGUUAAUAUUGCAGCAUGAGAUAGUUCAUUAGUUUUAAUUUUGUAGUCUUUACAUAAAAUGAGUCGUGAUCAGCGUAUGUGAGCAUGCCUGGGCGUGCCUAGCAAGUUAAUAGUUAGAGUGCAACAUGCCAAGCAUUGGCUGCUACUGUUUGGGGUUCUGUAACUGCUGCUGCUGUUGUUGCUGCUACUGCUACUGCUGCUGUUGCUGCUACUGCUACUGCUACUGCUA